CGAAGUUACAGAAACCUCAAGCUCGGCAAGACAAGAAUCCAUGGCAAUCAGAGGAGCUGCUACUGCUUGCAUUGGGAGACAAAGACACCCUUCUCUUCUAUCAAUUCCUCACUGUCUUCAUCUCAGCUUCCAUCCUUCUUCGCGUCCUCUCCAUGGACAGCUCCUAUCUCCUCCCAUUUCCCAAAGAGGAGGAUAUAAGUAUCCAAUUCGCGCUGUCCAGGGUGCAACAGCGGAUUCUGUUGCUACCAGGAAAAAGGAUGAAAAUGAAGUCCCACAAGAUUGGAAGAUUAAAAUGCUGUAUGAUGGAGAUUGCCCUCUCUGCAUGCAUGAGGUUAACAUGCUAAGACAGAGGAAUAAGGGGUAUGGUACUAUAAAAUUUGUCAACAUAAGCUCAGAUGACUACUCUCCUGAGGAGAAUCAAGCCCUGGAUUUUAAAACU